AUGCUGUCACUGCUUAAUCGUUUCUACACAUCUUUCAGCCCCCCCAUGGCCGAAAAGAAGAACAAUGCCAUCAAAUUCGGCAUUUUGGGAGCUGCCAAAAUCGCGCCCAUGGCUAUGAUAAACCCGGCCAAGUCACAUCCAGAAGUAGUUGUGCAAGCUAUCGCCGCUAGAGAUCGUGCUCGUGCUGAAGAGUUUGCGAAGAAGCACGGUGUGCCCGAUGUCAGGGACACUUAUCAAGAGAUUAUCGAUGAUCCUAACAUUGACGCCGUCUUCAUCCCCUUGCCUAAUGGCUUGCACUACGAAUGGGCCACCGAAGCGAACUUGCUUUUCAACUUGCCGGAGCUGUCACCAUCAACAUCCCAGCCCAACCCUCCGGUGCUGCUGGAAGCCUUCCAUAACAGAUUCCACCCUGCCCUUCACAAGUUCCUGACCUUCGUCACGCCAGCUGACGUCGUGCAUGUCCACACCGACUCCAUGGUGCCGUGGUGGUUCACGGCCAAAGACGACCUCGAGUUUAACUAUAAACUUGGAGGUGGCAGCAUCAUGGCGUUGGGUACGUACAACUUCGCCGUCCUGCGCAUGAUCUUUGGCGGCGAGCCUGAGGAGUGCCUGACGUGCGACACCAGCGUCUUUGGCGACGGCAUACAUGACCAGUGCGACUACACCUUCAAAGCCCAAUUCCGCUUCCCCAACGGCAUCGGCGAGACGACGAGCACCCUGAGGGGCUCUAUCCUGUGGAAACCUUCCGAGGCCAGGGUGACCCACAAGGAGGUCGUCGUCCCUGACAAAACGCUGCCGGGCGACCAGGAGAAAGUGCGGACGCGGCAGGUGACUCUGCACGGCUUCAUGCAUGCCAUCCUCUGGCAUCGCAUCGACGUCAAGGACACGUAUGUGGUCCGUCACAUGGCAGAUGGGCGACCCAUCAAGAAAUGGGUCGAGUCGAGCUCACACAAAGCCUACACACACAAGGACGCAGGUGGCGAGUUUGCCGACUUGCCGAGCGAGGACUGGUGGAUAUCUUAUCGUCACCAGCUCGAAGCCUUUGUCAAUCGGAUCAAGGGCCGGAAGGCCCAUUACUGGGUCACUGGAGAGGACUCGAUCAAGCAGAUGAGGAUGGUCGACAUGGCCUACGAGAAGAGUGGUUUGGGUCUGCGACCAACCAGUUCGUUCCGCUAA